ACUUUCACUUGGACAAUCACAUGCUGGAGGUGGAGUGAGUUCAUGUGAAGAUGGUGAGAGUCUUGGAUCGCGCGCCGCGUUGGCUCAACUACAGCACGCCCGGAUUUGAUUUCUUCCAGGACAAGAGCAAAACGAGAUCGACACAGAAACACGAUGCGCCAACGAAGAGGAUCGCACACCGCGGGACCGAAGUCUUCUUCGCCGUCGGCAAGGAACUGCGCUGGGCCGACUUGCGGGACUUCAAAGAUGCUGGGGAGCGGCGAGAAGGACGACAUGGCAGAGACACCGAGAAGCAGCCACCGUACAAAGUGCUCCUCACACCCGUACCAGCCGACCGACAGAUCCAGCAAAUAUCCGUUGCGCCAGACGGCAAUUUGAUCGCGAUCGUGACAUCCCACACCUGCCAUGUCUGCAUUCUGCCUUCGCCCGAGCAACUUCGCUCCCCGGAGCAGGCGCCGCACAAGAUGAGAUACUUCACGGUGGGAGAAACGGCGCAUGUGCUGGAGAAGUCACCAAUAGUCAGCGCCAUAUGGCAUCCACUGUCAUCGCUUGGCAGUGGUCUGGUCACAAUCACAAAAGACGCCUGCGUCAGACUAUGGGAGCUGAAUAUCCACGAUAGAAGCACAUUCUCGCAGCCGACGGUCGCGGUGGAUCUGAAGAAGCUGGCAAAUGCAACAUCUGCGCGAGAGGACCUAUCUGCGAGCAAAUACGGGGUCAACAAAGGCUAUUCUGCAGACGACGUGGACAUGCUCGUUGCCGGAGCGUGUUUUGGAGGCACGGCUGGGGACGAUGAAGACGGCUGGUCGAGCAUGACUCUUUGGGUUGCCAUGACUGAGGGAGACGUCUAUGCGCUCUGCCCCUUCUUGCCGGUUCACUUCUACGCUCCUCCUACAUUACUACCCAGUCUGACUACGAGUGUUGUGGCCAAGUCAAACUUUCUUGCCCACGACCAGGAAGCAUCGGAAGCAGAGAGACGUGUUGCAAGACAGCAGGAACUUUGGUUGCAAGAGCUCGAUGAACAAGAACCAAUUCGCAUCCCUGGAAGAGAGGACAUGGAUGUCUACGAGCGACCAAAGAAGCUGAGUCCCAUCGCUAAAUUGCAGGGACCUUUCCAGCUGUCGCCCGAACCGCUUUCUGGUGAGAUCACCGACAUUCAUGUUGUGGCACCGAAAGUCAACCAGGAUGAUCUUUUCGAUGACGAUGAGUACGAAGAACGCUCCGUCGACGAAGGCUUGAGCAUUGGUAUAGUCUGCUUGGCGACAAGCACAAACCAGAUCCACGUGUGCCUGAACAUAGAAGGCGUGGAAGCGGAGUGGUUGCCCAUGAAACGCUCGCGUGCUUUCCAGCUUGAGGAUGAUUCGACGCACAAUCUACUCCUUUUCGAAACCCUCGAUCUUGCUAACGGCCCUGCCACCACACGUCCUACGUUCACACACUCUCCCGAGAACCGAUACGAGCUUUUCACAACGCAGCCAUCAGGGAUCUACAGCUUGUCCUUUAAACCCUGGAUUGCCGCUCUUGAAGACGAAUUGGCACCCCAGGACGGCACGAAGGGUGUGAAGUUCCGCCUGGAUGUUAUACUCAACUCCUCGAGCACAAAUGUGGAGCAUCUCGUGGGAAAUUCGCUCGAGCCACUUGAGCAGGCAAAUGCAGCCAUUGCAAUCAUCGAUGCUACUGAUGCAGAGUUUGUCGUCCUGACAUCCGCUUCCUCCCGCCCACUCGCUGCACUGCUGGACCAGCCUGUCGUUGCAAGCCAUCCUUUCGAACCCGACGACUACCACCGCAACAAUCCUCUCAUAACCUUCGAGUCGCGCACCCCGUACAUACCUCCAGACGAGUUCUUCCAGCCUUCUCGACUUCCGGCCCAAAUCGAAGCCUGGCGCCGUGCCAGCAGUACAGGAGCCGAUCUCGGCAAUCUCAGAGGCGAUCUCAACUUCUCUCCUUACACUCUACAGAAAUUCACAGCCGCUCAUCAGAUUCUGUCCAAUGAGACCCACGCAAUCAACACGGCAGCCGCAGAAUUGUUCAGACGAGUUGAUCGAAUGCUGAGCGAGAUGAAGGACCAAGUCACCAAAGUCCGAGACCUUUCUAAUCGCGUCAAUUCCGUUACUGGCGAAGACGAGUUCCCGCAAAGUCAGAGACCUGGUGAGCCAGAAUUGGUCCGAGGGGGGCGCGACAAGAUCCAAAAACGAGUUGAGGGUCAGAGAGAAAAGACCCGAGAACUGCAAGACCGUGUUGAGCGACUGCGAAGGAAGAUGCGGACUGUCUCUGGGAAAGAAUUGUCUUCUAGGGAAAGGCAGUUCGCUGAAGAGGUAGAGAGGAUCCAGCAAACUGUUCUCGGAGGCAAGAACUCAUCACCCAAUCCCACUGGUCCUGCCGGGAUAUUGCAAAUGGAGAACAGUAAUUUGACGACCAGAACAGAAGAAGAGGAUGACGAGGAGCAAGAGUCUCUUACGUCGAGAUUCGAGGAGGUGCAGAAGGUGGUCGCGCAAUUGAAAUCACAAACAGAGCAGCUUCAAAAAGAGCGUGAAGCUGCAACGGAGGAGGGCGCAUCGAGACCCACUUCAAGUUCUGACUUCAAAGGCACGGAUUUCAGACAGAGAAAAAUGGAUGAGGUCUGGCAGUUACUUGAGCGAGAGACAGCGCUUGUUGAAGCUGUCAGUGCGCGGUUAGAGAAUUUGCAGAUGGGCGCGAGAUGAUGAGUGAUGACAGGAAAGUUGUAUAGAUAUGCUCAAUACUGUCCUCAAUGCAUCGUCCUCUGGAGUCGUAUGACUGCUAUGACUUCGAUCUCCUCGCGUCAUUUAUCCUCAUCUCGACUGUGUAACACUGCCUCAUGCUUCCCGUCAUCCUUGUGACCAC